UGAUUCGUGAAGGGAAUGGUUGACAGCGUCAUCACGGCAUUUUAUUGACCAUGGAUUCUUAUGAUGCACCAGAAUCGACUCCUAGACAGUGUGCAUCCUCAAGGCUUAAAGAUUACUUUAUAGGUGCCACCCCUCUGCAAAAACGAUUAGAAUCAGUCAGGAAGCAGACUUCAUUUAUCCCGACUCCACCUCGAAGGAAAAUUCCUCAGUGUUCACCACUGCAGGAAGAUGUUGAUCCUCAAAAGUUUGCAUUCCUUCUGCAUAAACAAUGGACUUUAUAUAGUUUAACUCCCUUAUAUAAAUUCUCCUAUACUAAUUUCAAAGAGUAUUCUAAACUUCUGAAUGCAUUUAUUGCUGCUGAAAAGCAAAAAGGACUUGCUGUGGAAGUGGGAGACGACUUCAACAUCAAAGUGAUUUUCUCUACUCUCCUGGGAAUGAAAGGAACACAGAGAGACCCUGAAGCAUUUCUUGUCCAGAUUCUGUCAAAAUCUCAAUUGCCAUCUGAGCACAGAGAAGGUAAAGUGUUGUGGACUGGUUGGUUCUGCUGUAUAUUUGGAGACAGUCUUCUGGAGACUGUUUCAGAAGAUUUCACCUGUCUACCCUUAUUCCUUGCAAAUGGUGCAGAGACUAAUACAGCCAUAAUUGGAACCUGGUUUCAGAAAACUUUUGACUGUUAUUUCCGUCCCUUAGCAAUCAAUGCGUUUAAUCUUUCCUGGAUGGCUGCUAUGUGGACUGCAUGCAAAAUGGACCAUUAUAUGGCUACUACUGAAUUUCUUUGGUCUGUACCCUGUAGCCCUCAAAGUCUGGAUAUUUCUUAUGCCAUACAUCCAGAAGAUGCAAAAGCUUUGUGGGACAGUGUUCACAAAACACCUGGGGAAGUUACCCAGGAGGAAGUUGACUUAUUCAUGGACUGCCUGUAUUCACAUUUCCAUAGGCAUUUCAAAAUUCAUUUAUCAGCCACAAGAUUGGUUCGUGUUUCAACAUCUGUAGCUUCAGCACAUACUGAUGGAAAAAUAAAGAUUUUGUGUCAUAAAUACCUUAUUGGAGUGUUGGCAUAUUUGACAGAACUGGCAAUUUUUCAAAUUGAGUGA